AUGUCAAACAAGGCCAAAGCCGCUACCUAUCUAGGUACGGCGUUCCGACCUAAACCACGUCUACGACUCAAACUUCCUUCCUCUACACAUGGAAGAGGAAGUGUAGAUUUGAAUUCUGGGAUCAGGAGUACUUAUGAUCCUAAUCAACCGGGAUGUUCAAAAUGGUUUUCAACUACGAUAAAUCAAUUUACUAUAUCCCAAAGAACUUUCUUCUCUUCCAACAGUUCUUCAUCUCCAUCAGCACAAGCACAAACACAAACACGAUCAGAGCCACAAAUACAAUCAAGUAGAUUCAAGGAUAUCACCCAUGAAGACAAAGAAAUGGUGGAAAUACCUUUACCAUAUACGAGUAAAACACCACAUUUACCAUUACCACCUACUUUACCUUAUUCACCUAACUCAUAUCCUUUCAAAAGGCAUUUAGAGAUUUUAUCAUUAUCAUUUUAUUCGACACCUGAUGAAUCAUGGUCAGUCUAUAUGGGUUUACAUCCCUCGUUAAGACCUUAUAUACCUGAUGAAACAUUCAAAUCGUUAUUGUUACAUCAAGUAGAUCAUGUCGAACAAGCUAGAGGGUGGACCAGGACGAAAAUGUUACUGAAAUUAGCUAAGAAAUGUCGUAUGCCUUUGGACAUAUUGGGUAGUGAAGGAUUAAAUAAAAUUCUAAGACUUGGUAUGAGAAGGUUUCGCAUAGAAAACGAUUCAGCACAAAAGGAAAAGGAGAAAAGUGAUGAGAUUUUUAGAUUAAUCAGGAAAUUGUGGAUGACAUUAGAAGCAAUGAUCGGAAUGAGAAACAUAUCACAUGAGCUUAAAAGAGGUUGGUUAGGUGUUCAACGUCGAAGGAUAAACAGCAUCUUACAAACAUCAAGAGGAGAUGCUAAUGAUCAGAUUACGUCAAUUGAAGAUUCUGUAUUAGAGAUGGUUAAGAAAGGUGGUACAAUAGGAUUAGGUUUUUAUAUAGGUGAUAUAUUUUCUAACUCCUCGACCAGAUCAACGCAAGGUCUCAAAAGGUCUUUGGCGAGUAUGAUCAUCUGUAUGACUCAAGGUGUGGAUAUCAAGACAAUACAUGUGGUGAAAGUGAUGAGAAAACUCAAUCAUCUUUUUGCCCAAGAAGGUAUAAACGGACUGGAAAUGAUCAGAGAAGUGAUCGCUUCAAUACUGAAAGAGUUGAAAUUUGAUACAAAUUCAAACAAUGUUCGAACCUUGUAUCAGGCAUUGGAUAUCGUUUCUGAGCGAUCAAGAACUAGAGUACAGAAAGCCUUGGAUUUGUUAGAAACCAAUAAUCUGAGUAUAGGAGAGAUGAUAGGUCGAGGUAUAUCAGUAUCUCUUUCCGCGAAAGAAGAUUCGAUUACUCGCCUAAAUGCGGCACUACGUUUACUUGAAGCUGCUCUUCAACAUAGAGAAGAUGGUGAUUGUAAUGCUCUGAUCACAUCCCUCACUAUUGCAUUAUAUAAUGCUCGACGUACUUCACCUGUCGACUUUGAAAUCGAUCAAAUCGAUCAACUCAUCGUUCGAUUCGUCAGAUUACUUCAUGAAGCCCAGAUCCCCUCUCGACUUCAUUCGGAAUCGAUCAUCCCUCUUUUCCGAUUGGUAUCGUUAGCUUUACCAUCCACAGAGGCUUACAUCAUUUCAAGAAAAAUAUAUCAAUAUGCCAGAUCAGCUUCUCCCCCUUUCAAAUGGUCACAUAAGAAUAUUUCGUCAUGGAGAACCCUGUUCAAAUUCUCACUCACUCCACCAAAUCUCCAUUUACACUUUGCCUCCAGACUGUAUACAGAUUUAAUGGCUGAUGGUAUACCCAUUCGAAGACCUGAUGCUCUGAUGUUGAUACGAGCAAUAGGUACUAAAGCCAGUCCGUCAAGAGCGGUCUUACUAGAGAGACACAUCAAAGAUUAUCUUUGGUCCUCAUAUGGUUCAACAUCUCCAUUGAUCUUAUCUUUGGUUCAAGGUCUGAGUCAAGGUGGGAUCAAAGACUCAGAAUUAGCUCUUGGAUUAGCUGAGAGACUAUCGGAAGGUCAAUCGCUCAGUUCUGGAGUGAUAGAAACUAUCAUUACUCAAUUAUCUAAAUCUUCCAAAAAAGAAGAUCGAUUUAAGAUCUUCCAUCUACUCGAACAGGUGAGUAUGGACAAGAACGAUAAUCCAAUCAAGAAUUUUAACACUGUUUUAUCUCAUUUGGUCACUUCUUCGAGAACAUCACCAGAUCCAGAACAAGGCCAAUUAAGUCACAGUGAAACUUUAGGGUAUGCAAUUCUAUUAUAUAGGGAAAUGAUCAAGAAAGGGAUUACACCAAAUAGCAGAACUAUAUCAAUCAUGUUACGGUCAUUACUUGAUUCGGGAUAUUUAGAUUCUGCUUCAUCAAUAUUCAACGCUUCUAUGAAAGCCAAAAUACCGAUAAAAUCAUUUGCGGUAGGAAGACUGAUGGUCAAUCUCGCUAUGUCCGAUAGAACAGGCGAUGCUUAUCAAGUGGAAGAAACCUGGAGAAAGUUGACGACUAGAGGGAACGAAAAGAGUUGGGAUAAAGGUGUUAUCGGAGCUAGAAUAUUGGUGGAUGUCAAGGCUGGAAACGAAGUUGAUAUGGAAGAAAUCAUGAAGAAGACCGGAUGGAAAGGAAAAGAUAGUUUCUUGAGGUUCUUGCAUAGACUCAAACCACCUCGGAAUGGAAGUGCCUCAGAAACACAAACUCAAAUGGACGAGGCGGGCGAGGAUUUAGAUCAAUUGACGGAAGAUGGAUUUGAGCCUAAACAGGGAGGAGUUGUAUCAAAGUCAUCAUAUUGGGAUCAGAAGAAAGAUCACUUUUCACGCCGAGAGAGAGGAGAUGGGAUUGAUUUUUGCAUGCCAUCUAAUCUAGGCAUGGUGUAUCAUUAG